AUGACUGACUCCGAGUCCAAGACGAAUACAACCCCACCAGCAUCUCUUGAGGGAACACAGCCCACGGAGGCUACUUCGCCGUCAGCCCCGAGUACCAAUGGCAGAUGGGAUAGCUCCGCGCUCAGCUCGAGGUGGCCUAUUGAGGUCUUGAGCGACUCACCGCGCAUGGAAAGGACAGUCAAGACGGAGCACGCGGAGAGGUACAGGACAGAGCUUCAACAGACUGGGUGGAUUAUUAUGACCACGGACAAUCAGACGAACCCUGUGUAUACGACCUUCUCGGUCCUCAUCGCUCGCUCCGAGACGCCUAAUCAGAUCGACGAAACGACUACUACAGGCGCCUCUUAA